AUGGCGCCAAUUGGGAUGGUUGUUUCUGUGGAAUUUUUUGUGAUCUGUACAAUACUCAUAUCUGUAGCUUCUGGAUUGACUCUGAACCAGCCCACAUCCAAACCACGUCACACGAAAUACGUCACUUCGACGACAGAGGGCAGCGGUACACUAACAGCGCCAUCUUCCAGCACAAAUCCGAAAGACAACUCUGGAGUUGCAUAUUAUCGGUUGUUCAACAGCAAAACUGGAGCUACAUGUAUCCUACUGAAGACUGAUGCUCUUGUAGAGGUGAAAUUCAGGCUUCAUGAUUUGGAAGAGCAAGCCGAUUCAUUUAUUCCAGAAAAGGCACUAAUUGAUGGGGACUGUAGGAAUGAGGAUGCUUCUUCUAUGACAAUUUCAUGGACUGGAUAUAGUUUGGUCAUCAACUUCGCGAAGACACCUGGUGGAGAGAGAUGGUACAUAAGCAGCUUAGGACUCACUGUUAGCCCUGAUUUACCAGCUUUCCAUGGUAUUCCAAGACAAGGAAAAUCCUCGAUAAAGCUCUACCACCGACAAAUGCUUAUCCCCACGCCCGUGGGCAAGUCCUACUCCUGCAAGGAGAUCCAAGUGGACCUCUCCACCGACGAAGACGACCAUCCUCCCCCAGGUCUUCGGGGCUCCCUCUACCUGCGGCUGCUGCAGGUGCAGCCCUUCAUGUACAAGGGCGAGAACUUCGAAGCGCCCUUCGAGUGCAAGGCCCAAAGGGCUUUUGCUGACGAAACGGCGCCCAUCGCGGUGGGUUCGACGCUGGCCAUUGCUGUUUUGGUGACGGUUUCUGGGUACGGAGUGUAUAGGUAUUUCAAGGUCAAGAAUGUGCAAUAUAAUACCAUGGAGUAG